CAGACAAGUAUCAUGCAUCACACCCAUGUUCAUGCCAGCAGAACCAGUUUGGCAGCUCCCAGGGAAUGUCAUUGAGGUAAGAGAGGCUCUAUUUGACAGAACAGCAGGUGAAAUCCACAGGCAACAUCUCUGCACCUCAUCAAGACCAUUUCAAACCUGCAAUAGGUCUCUACCAGAGGUUUACUCCAGGACAUGUGUUUGUAAUUAAAGGCAGAUGCAAUGAGUGUUCUGAUCGGAGGAACGGGGUCCCAGAGCCUCUCAAACCACCUGAUUCUUGAAGAAAAUGAGGAAGGGGGAAUCAUCAUACAGAACAUCAGCAAUGCUUCUGUUGUAGAAGCUUCUGGUUUGAAGAAAGGGGAUGAGAUAGUUGGUGCAACCAUUUACUUUGACAAGCUCAAGAAAGAUGACGUGCUGAAGAUACUGAAACUUGCAGAGUCUUACAACACAGAGAUGAAGGUUCAUACCAAAAACGAGCUGAAAUCUCCACAUGUGGCCUGGGCAACACCUGAUUUUAGCAUCAGAACUCCUGAAGCAAUGCUUAUGAAUUCAGACUACAACAAAUUAUUCAACAAGAAGAUCAAACGACACCUGAAGACAACAUCCUCCUGUGAUGACAUUUUUUCUGCUUCGAAUGCAGAUGUGAAAGCACCAGGAAUGCAAGUGGACCGUUUGAAUAUGUCAGGACCCAAUAUGUUUCCUCCAGAUGUAAGCUUCAAAGGUCCAAACCUGGAGCAUCCUAACUUUGAAGGUGAUUGGCCUAGUGCCAAUAUGGAGGCUUCAAAAAUCAAACUAAAGGGCCCUAAUGUAGAUCUGAAAGGAUCAAAGCUUAACCUAGAAGCGCCAGAUUUUGAUGUUGAUGGACCAGGAGGAAAAUUCAAAAUGCCGACCUUGAAGAUGUCUGACUUUGGACUCUCAGGACCAAAAGCAAAGGGACCUGAUUUGGACCUGGAUGCAAACAUGAAGACUCCUGAUUUAAACAUCAGGGCUCCAAAGGUGAAGGGAGGAAUCAAUGCUCCUGAUAUUGAUGUGAAUAUGCCAAAGGCUGAACUUAAGAGUCCAAAGCUGGAUAUGAAAGCGCCAGAUGUUGAUCUUGAUGGACCAGGAGGAAAAUUCAAAAUGCCGACCUUUAAGCUGCCUGACUUUGGACUCUCAGGACCAAAAGUAAAGGGACCUGAUUUGGACCUGGAUGCAAACAUGAAGACUCCUGAUUUAAACAUCAGGGCUCCAAAGGUGAAGGGAGGAAUCAGUGCUCCUGAUAUUGAUGUGAAUAUGCCAAAGGCUGAAAUUAAGAGUCCAAAGCUGGAUAUUAAAGCCCCAGAUGUUGAUGUUGAUGGACCAGGAGGAAAAUUCAGAAUGCCGACCUUGAAGAUGCCUGACUUUGGACUCUCAGGACCAAAAGUGAAAGGACCUGAUUUGGACCUGGAUGCAAACAUGAAGACUCCUGAUUUAAACAUCAGGGCUCCAAAGGUGAAGGGAGGAAUCAGUGCUCCUGAUAUUGAUGUGAAUAUGCCAAAGGCUGAACUUAAGAGUCCAAAGCUGGAUAUGAAAGCGCCAGAUGUUGAUCUUGAUGGACCAGGAGGAAAAUUCAGAAUGCCGACCUUUAAGCUGCCUGACUUUGGACUUUCAGGACCAAAAGCAAAGGGAACUGACUUGGACCUGGAUGCAAACAUAAAGGCCCCUGAUUUAAACAUCAGGGCUCCAAAGGUGAAGGGAGGAAUCAGUGCUCCUGAUAUUGAUAUGAAUAUGCCAAAGGCUGAACUUGAGAGUCCAAAGCUGGAUAUGAAAGCGCCAGAUGUUGAUCUUGAUGGACCAGGAGGAAAAUUCAAAAUGCCGACAUUUAAGAUGCCUGACUUUGGAAUAUCAGGACGAAAAGUGAAAGGACCUGAUUUGGAUGCAAGCAUGAAGACUCCUGAUUUAAACAUCAGGACUCCAAAGGUGAAGGGAGGAAUCAGUGCUCCUGAUAUUGAUAUGAAUAUGCCAAAGGCUGAAAUUAAGAGUCCAAAGCUGGAUAUGAAAGCGCCAGAUGUUGAUCUUGAUGGACCAGGAGGAAAAUUCAGAAUGCCGACCUUGAAGAUGCCUGACUUUGGACUCUCAGGACCAAAAGCAAAGGGAACUGACUUGGACCUGGAUGCAAACAUAAAGGCCCCUGAUUUAAACAUCAGGGCUCCAAAGGUGAAGGGAGGAAUCAGUGCUCCUGAUAUUGAUAUGAAUAUGCCAAAGGCUGAACUUGAGAGUCCAAAGCUGGAUAUGAAAGCGCCAGAUGUUGAUCUUGAUGGACCAGGAGGAAAAUUCAAAAUGCCGACAUUUAAGAUGCCUGACUUUGGACUAUCAGGACGAAAAGUGAAAGGACCUGAUUUCGAUGCAAACAUGAAGACUCCUGAUUUAAACAUCAGGGCUCCAAAGGUGAAGGGAGGAAUCAGUGCUCCUGAUAUUGAUGUGAAUAUGCCAAAGGCUGAAAUUAAGAGUCCAAAGCUGGAUAUUAAAGCCCCAGAUGUUGAUGUUGAUGGACCAGGAGGAAAAUUCAGAAUGCCGACCUUGAAGAUGCCUGACUUUGGACUCUCAGGACCAAAAGUAAAGGGACCUGAUUUGGACCUGGAUGCAAACAUGAAGACUCCUGAUUUAAACAUCAGGGCUCCAAAGGUGAAGGGAGGAAUCAGUGCUCCUGAUAUUGAUGUGAAUAUGCCAAUGGCUGAAAUUAAGAGUCCAAAGCUGGAUAUGAAAGUGCCAGAUGUUGAUCUUGAUGGACCAGGAGGAAAAUUCAAAAUGCCGACAUUUAAGGUGCCUGACUUUGGAAUAUCAGGACCCAAAGUGAAAGGACCUGAUUUGGACCUGGAUGCAAACAUGAAGACUCCUGAUUUAAACAUCAGGGCUCCAAAGGUGAAGGGAGGAAUCAGUGCUCCUGAUAUUGAUGUGAAUAUGCCAAAAGCUGAACUUAAGAGUCCAAAGCUGGAUAUUAAAGCCCCAGAUGUUGAUGUUGAUGGACCAGGAGGAAAAUUCAGAAUGCCGACCUUUAAGAUGCCUGAGUUUGGACUCUCAGGACGAAAAGUGAAAGGACCUGAUUUGGAUGCAAACAUGAAGACUCCUGAUUUAAACAUCAGGGCUCCAAAGGUGAAGGGAGGAAUCAGUGCUCCUGAUAUUGAUGUGAAUAUGCCAAAGGCUGAACUUAAGAGUCCAAAGCUGGAUAUUAAAGCCCCAGAUGUUGAUGUUGAUGGACCAGGAGGAAAAUUCAGAAUGCCGACCUUGAAGAUGCCUGACUUUGGACUCUCAGGACCAAAAGUAAAGGGACCUGAUUUGGACCUGGAUGCAAACAUGAAGACUCCUGAUUUAAACAUCAGGGCUCCAAAGGUGAAGGGAGGAAUCAGUGCUCCUGAUAUUGAUGUGAAUAUGCCAAAGGCUGAACUUAAGAGUCCAAAGCUGGAUAUGAAAGUGCCAGAUAUUGAUCUUGAUGGACCAGGAGGAAAAUUCAAAAUGCCGACAUUUAAGGUGCCUGACUUUGGAAUAUCAGGACCCAAAGUGAAAGGACCUGAUUUGGACCUGGAUGCAAACAUGAAGACUCCUGAUUUAAACAUCAGGGCUCCAAAGGUGAAGGGAGGAAUCAGUGCUUCUGAUAUUGAUGUGAAUAUGCCAAAGGCUGAAAUUAAGAGUCCAAAGCUGGAUAUGAAAGCCCCAGAUGUUGAUCUUGAUGGACCAGGAGGAAAAUUCAAAAUGCCGACCUUUAAGAUGCCUGACUUUGGACUAUCAGAACGAAAAGUGAAAGGACCUGAUUUGGAUGCAAACAUGAAGACUCCUGAUUUAAACAUCAGGGCUCCAAAGGUGAAGGGAGGAAUCAGUGCUCCUGAUAUUGAUGUGAAUAUGCCAAAGGCUGAAAUUAAGAGUCCAAAGCUGGAUAUUAAAGCCCCAGAUGUUGAUGUUGAUGGACCAGGAGGAAAAUUCAGAACGCCGACAUUUAAGGUGCCUGAUUUUGGAAUAUCAGGAACCAAAGUGAAAGGACCUGAUUUGGACCUGGAUGCAAACAUGAAGACUCCUGAUUUAAACAUCAGGGCUCCAAAGGUGAAGGGAGGAAUCAGUGCUCCUGAUAUUGAUGUGAAUAUGCCAAAGGCUGAAAUUAAGAGUCCAAAGCUGGAUAUGAAAGCACCAGAUGUUGAUCUUGAUGGACCAGGAGGAAAAUUCAAAAUGCCGACCUUGAAGAUGCCUGACUUUGGACUCUCAGGACCCAAAGUGAAAGGACCUGAUGUGGAUAUAGAUGCAAAUGUGAAUAUGCCAGGUAUCAAUAUGUCAGCACCAAAGAAAGCAGGUGAUCUAAAGGGCCCCAAAGUAGAUUUGCCUGAAGGAAGUUUGAAAGGUCCAAACAUUAAUAUGCCAUCCCUGAACCUUUCUGGUCCUCAAGUAUCUUCUCCAAAUACUAAUUUAAAUCUGAAAACACCAAAGCUCAAGGGUGACAUAAAUCUUUCUGGCCCAAAACUACAAAGUGAUAUGAAGGGACCUGGUUUUGAUGUAAAACAUCCAAAUGUUGAUAUCAAUAAACCAGAUGUCAAAAUUGGAACCCCAGAAGGAAAAAUGAAAUUCCCCAAAUUAAAAUUCCCAUCCUUUGGAUUUUCAGGACCUAAAGUAAAAUCACCUGAUGUAAGUGUGGAUGCCUAUGUCAAAACGUCAAAUGUAGAUGUUUCAGUUCCAAAAGUUAAGGGUGGUAUAAGCUCUCCAAAACUGGAUGUGAAAUCACCAACAGCAAAGGCUGGGUUAGACAUUCCUGAUGUUGACCUUGAUGUUCCUAACCCCAAACUGAAGGGUUCAAAGUUUAAAUUACCAUUUAGCUUUCCUAAAAUGUAUACUGGGGAUGCUGACCUCAAUGUAAAGGGGGAAAUUGAUACAUCCACCCUUAAAGGUGACAUCAAAGGCGCAAAUGUUGAUGUUAAUGCCCCUAACACAGGUGGCAUUAAGGGUCCAAAAGUAGAUGUUGACUUACCUAAUGCUAAUAUGAAAGGCAAGAAAUUUAACAUGCCAGAAUUGUCUUUAUCUGGACCUGAUCUUAAUGCACCCAACCUAAAAGGAGCUCUAUCUGCUCCAAAGUUACAAGGUGAUCUGAAAGGACCAAACAUUGACAUGAAUGGCCCAGAUUGUGGUGUUGAAAGUUCAGAGGGAAAAUUUAAAUUUCCAACCCUUGGAAGAAAUAAAGAGCUUGAUAUGGAUGCAAAGUUCAAUUCACCAGAUGGGAAUCUUAAAAAAACCAUUGCAGGUGAUCUAAAAGCACAAAAUGUAAAUGUCAAUUUACCUGAUGCAGAUAUUCAAGGGCCAAAGCUCAAUUUGUCAUCAUUUGAUGCUCCAGAUGUAGAUCUUAACUUGCAAAUGCCCCAAAUUAAAGGGGACAUUAAUGGUCCAAAUGUUAAUUAUUCAGGGCCCAAAUUCUCAGCUCCUAAAGCAGACUUCAGUCUUCAAUCACCAAAAAUGAAAAGUGAUGUAGGAAUAUCUGGACCAAUUAUUAAAGGCCAGGUCCCAGAUUUAGAGAUGGAUGUCAGUGGUCCAAAAGUAAAUGUUAGUGCAGAUGGUCAAAUUACAAGGGGUACAUUUAAAGUAAACAAGGCUGCACCUAAAGCUAAAGUUGACAGUACAGUCAUAGACAAGAAUUCACUUCCAAGGUUUAGUAGUAGUACUGAUGUUGUUCAAGAUGACACAUCAAAUUCCUUUAGCUUUUCAGAUUUCUUCGGUUUUGGCAAUAAGAAAGGUUCUGCAGAUAUAACCACGGAAGGCAGUGUAUCACCAACAUCUCCAUCUACGUCCUCCAAAUUACGUUUGUCAGAACGUGACUUGUCAUUUGUCUAGUGAUUGGUCAUCCUCUGUACAUUUUCAAAUGGCAUAUGAUGGUCAAAUCCCAUCUGCCUAAACCUAACAUUGAAAAGAUUUUUAAAGAUAACAUUUUUUUUCCUUUUUUUGUAAAUAUAUAUUACCAGUACUUUAAGCUGUUACAUAAAUCCUUUUUAUUGUCUUAUUUUAAUGAGAAAAUGUUGACAUUUUGUUAUUUUG